AUGAAUCAGUUCAGAUGAAUGAGUCGGACGUUACUAGCAGCUGAAAUGAUAUGACAGACGUAACGAGUCGCGUUCAUUCUUGAUCUAAACACUGACUAAGACAUUUUUUGCUUUCUGUUUCGGUACGGGUUGGAUUUAACCGGCUCCUGUGUGCUGGACUGGGCUCGUCAGGACUGUACUGGUAUUUUUGGGACUCGGUUUAGAGCGGGAGGCGCGCGCUGCUGUGCGUGUUUUGAAUCAAUGUGGGCAGUUUAGCAUUAAGCUAACGGUCAGUGUUUGUUAGCUAAAGCUACCUUUGGCUGGUCGGGUGAUUGAUUAGUCGUGUAAAUGUGGGUAGUUGAUAGUUUAUAAUCUGUUUGCAGGUGAAUUCGUAGGCUGUAGAGUACAGACAGUCACUUUACAGAGGUAAAACUGUCAGUUUAUUGGCUUUACGGACGUUAAUUUGACAGCUAGCUAGCUAGCUAGCUAACCUAGCUGUAGCCCUUUCACCCAUCUGUAUAGAUAAGAUAGCUUAGCUUAGCUUAGUCAGGUUAACUAACCUAACUAGCUAAGUUAGUUAACUACCAGACUAGUAGGUUAGCAAGCUAAACCGUGAGUACAGGCGGCUCAUGCCGUCUAGAAAGCCCCAGAUACCGAGCUGAAAGCAGCUGUUAGCUCGAAGGCGAGGUGCAUGCCUUAGCGGACCCUGUUUGGAUGCAUGCACGGCUGGAAACUGUUCCAGAAGGAAAGUCAGGGACGAGGGAAAUGUCGGAGUUGAACCGAGAAGUCGUGGAGCUGGUGUGGGGGAAACAGUCCACUGGCAGCGGGGUGUCUGCCUCCCUCUUCCGCAGGUGGACACAAGGAUUUGUUUUUAGUGAGACAGAGCGCAGUGCACUGGAACAGUUUGAAGGUGGUCCAUGUGCUGUCAUCGCACCUGUGCAGGCAUUUCUACUGAAAAACAUCCUUUUCAACACAGAGAGCUCAAACUGGAGAGAUAUCUCAGAGGAGCAACAGCGGACUGCCCUGUGUUCUACCCUCAGUGAGAUUUUGGAGGCUGCCUGCCUCGGCAAGACGCAGAACUUUUGCCUGGCCACCUGGGCCCGGGCUAAAGCUACAGACGAAAACUCGGACAUCACAGACAGCCACCCGCUACCACAGUCCAGCCAGCCCACGGACACAGACCAGCACCCAACUGCUUUGGCUGCUGAGGAGCUUGGCUUUGAGAGGUUUCACAGUACAGUACAUAAAAGAACACUGAAAACUGUUGCAGAGUUGAAGGAGGCUAUUCUUUCUCUGUAUGACACUUGGAGGAAUAAGUUUGGUGUCCUGCUUUUCCUGUACUCUGUCAUACUUACAAAGGGUAUUGAAAACAUAAAGAAUGAGAUAGAAGACACUUCAGAGCCACUCAUCGAUCCUGUGUAUGGCCAUGGCAGUCAAAGCCUGAUCAACCUGUUGGUGACAGGGCAUGCUGUGUCCAACGUCUGGGAUGGGGACAGGGAGUGUUCUGGAAUGAAACUUCAUGGGAUCCAUGAACAGGCUUCUGUUGGCUUUCUCACACUAAUGGAGUCACUAAGAUACUGCAAGGUUGGAUCCUUCCUCAAAUCUCCAAAGUUCCCUAUAUGGAUUCUUGGCAGUGAGACCCAUCUCUCAGUGUUCUUCACCAAGGAGAUGUCCCUGGUGGCCCCCGAGUCACCAUCAGAACAGGCCAGAAGAGUCUUCCAGACAUUUGACCCAGAAGAUAACGGGUUCAUUCCAGACACACUGCUUGAGGAUGUAAUGAAGGCUUUGGAUCUGGUCUCCGAGCCCGAGUAUGUGAACCUGAUGAAGAGUAAGCUAGAUCCAGAGAGUCUUGGCAUCAUUUUGUUGGGUCCGUUCCUUUUGGAGUUCUUCCCUGAUCAGGACUCAGGGAUUCCAGACUCAUUUCCUGUGUAUCACUAUAAUGGCCUGAAGCAGUCCAACCACAACGAAAAGGUGAGUUAUGUUGAGGGCACGUCUCUUAUCCUCGGCUUCGAAGACCCCAUGGUGCGCACAGACGACACCCCGAUCAAACGCUGCCUGCAGACCAAAUGGCCGUAUAUCGAGCUGCUGUGGACCACGGAAAGAUCCCCCUCCCUCAACUAGCCCCCCCCACCUAGCUACCCUCACCUCUGGCUGACCAGCCUCACUUCGCUUCAGGAAUGCUCCACGCUCCCAGCAACCCCACCUGCACUCUCUCUGCACUACAACUUCAGGAGGCCUACGCAGUGCCUGAACUGAAAACCACGAGACGGACAAUAAUAAAAACACUCACCUCGCACCGGCUCACCUGUUCUCAUCAGCCACCCAGCUUCUACGUUUCACUCGUUUUUUUUUUUUGUUUGUUUAAUGUUUAAAGAAAAAGAGAGGAAAUAAUGAUUUGUUUUCAGGUUUUUCUUAGCAAAAACAAUGUUAGUCUUGUUUUUUUUAAGGUGUUAAUAUUUUUUCUGCUGGUUUUCUACAGAGUUGUGUUUUUCAUUAUUGUGUGUUUAAAAGUUGAGUUGACGAGGCCUGCUGAGCUAACCAAAUGAGUAAUUUAUAAAGCUGUGGGUACGUGUUUUUUUUUUUUUUGGUUUUUUUUUUAUAUAAAAACAUACACUGAAAAAUGUAAUUCCUUAAUUGAACCGUGUACAUAUGCUGCGUUCUGAUUUAACUCGGAUAUCGGAAAUUCCAAGUUCCAUGUAGGAAAUUUCAACUGGAAACCCCCAUAAAUCAGAUAUCCUACUUAAAUAGUUUAGCGCCUCAUGUACCCUAAGUUUGGAAUCCAAGAUGGCUGCUCAGAAUUGUCAGAACUGUCAUACACACAGUAUUCUCCAUCUUCUAUCUGUGGACAUCUUAUAAUUUUUAUAGUGUUUGGAUGUUCAAAAUACCAAAGAAUGUGUUAGCAAUUGGAAUCACUAAACAUAAAAAGUGAGAUGGUUUUGGCUGGAUUCACCAUAAAAAAACUGGAAUAUAAUAGUUAAACCAGAUUUAAAAAAAACAGUUUUUUUGCUAAUAUUUUGACAAUUAUUGUGUACAAUUAUUUAAAAGUUUAACUGGAACUCAGCCAGCUCAGCUUCGACAUCCGACUCCUGAGGUAAAUGGAACACAGCAAUAAUCCCCACAGGAAUGAAAUGUAUUACAUCAGAACAGUUUAGUCCAUCAGUUUACGCAUUUGUGAUGGUGGGAUGUCUUUUAUUCAUGUGAGUAUGAUGUCUACAUUUGAAUGAAUUGCAAAGCGCAGAUUCAGUGCUAAUUAAUGUAUUAAUGAAAGUAUAACUAAGGUGACUACGGUAUUAUCUGACCAAAGCCUUGGGCUGGGGCUCUAGUCCUCCUGCGUGUGCCUGACUAGCUGGGAGGCGGCCACACCAGACAGUGUAUUUAAUUGUGUCAGUAGAAAAGAACUGGACAGACCUUCUAGAAAUGUGUAGAAAGGUUUAUAUUAAGGAUUUCACUACAGUCUUAUACAGGAUAGAGGGAGACAGAAGGAGGAGUGGGAGAAAGAGAGGAAAAGGGAAAAAAGAAGAGGCAGAGCUGGUAUUUAAACUUGGGAAUGACCAAACUCUUCUUAUCUUUUUGUCUUUUUUUUUUUUGGCGACAGUGUUAAACUGUUGACACCUAUUUAUUGUACUCUGCCUGAGGCAAAGGGACGAACAAACACUUCCACACACUAUUUAUUCUGACCCUGAUGGCUCACCAAAAUAAACACUGUUUUUUUUCUUCA